AUGAGCAACACAGGGACUAACAAUGUGGAAGAAGAGGACGUCUGCGAGAGCUACAAGAAGCAAGAGAUGAUAACCAAGAAACGGAAGCUAACACCAAUCCAAUUGCGUUUACUAGAGGAGAGUUUUGAAGAAGAUAAAAGACUCGAACCAGACAGGAAACUCUGGCUGGCCGAGAAGCUAGGGCUGCAGCCGAGCCAAGUCGCUGUCUGGUUCCAAAACAGGAGGGUUAGAUUUAAGACCAAACAGCUGGAGAACGACUGUAAAACUCUUCAAGAUAGCUAUGCUAAGCUCAAGAAUGAUUCAGACAUUCUCUUUCUACAAAACGAAGCCCUCAAGACCAAGGUUGCUCUUCUCAAAGAGAAGCUGAAAAUGCAAGAGAGUCUUGAGAAUCAGGAAGCCGAGAAGCUUGGGGAAGAAGGUAGUUCCGCAAAAAGCGAUUAUACGCAGUACAAUGAAGAAGAAGAAGGCUUAUGGAAUCAGUACAGUUUCCCAGAGCUUGCGAUUCUCGGAUUUUAUUACGAUCCAACCUUGACCGCUUCAAAUCUAAGGUUGUGA